AUGGCUCAUUUUUUCUUUAAGAGUCGCUCUUUUCUUCUCAAAAUCCUUCAUGAUGACUCUGAUGAUGAUUUAGAGAUAAUUACGAGGGCGUUGGAAGAAGAAGGAUCAACAUCACAUCGUGGUAGUACCCAACAUCGUAGGCACAUCGUGCGUAAUCGGUUGCAAGGCCACGAAAGGCUUGUGCUCGAUUAUUUUGCAGAGUCACCAAUAUACCUUCCUAGACUAUUUCGAAGGAGGUUCCAUAUGAGGCGUCCUCUUUUUCUUCGUAUUGUAUCCGAGGUUGAAGAUUACGAGCCAUACUUCGUCCAAGAAAGAAAUGCAGCUGGAAUACUUGGUUUUUCUUCCCUUCAAAAGAUUAUUGCCGCACUCAGGAUGCUAGCAUAUGGAGUAACUGGUGAUUAUGUGGAUGAAUAUCUAAGGCUUUCUGAAAGCAAAACAAUGGAUAGUCUAAAACUGUUUGCGCAAGCAAUGGUUUCUCUUUACUCCGAUGUGUACUUGAGGUCACCAACAAAUCAUGAUAUUGCGAGAUUGCUAGCGAAGGGCCAAAGUCGUGGUUUUCCUAGGAUGUUGGGGAGCAUCGACUACAUGCACUGGAAAUGGAAAAAUUCCCCCACAUCAUGGAGAGGUAUGUAUUCUGGCCAUAAACAUGAAGCAACUAUUAUCUUGGAAGUAGUUUCUUCAUAUGAUCUUUGGAUAUGGCAUGCAUUUUUUGGGUUACCUGGGUCUAACAAUGACAUCAACGUGUUGGAUAAAUCUUUUAUAUUUACUAAGCUUGCUCAAGGGCGUGGUCCUCGAGUCAAUUACUCUAUUAAUGGUCAUGACUACACAAUGAGAUAUUACCUUGGCGAUGGUAUAUACCCGCGAUGGUCAACAUUUGUAAAAACAAUCUUAGCCCCACUAAGAGCCAAGAAGAAACAUUUUGCUGCAGCACAAGAGUCUGCAAGAAAGGACGUAGAGCGUGCAUUUGGAGUGUUGCAAGCACAAUUUACAAUUGUGCGUCAGCCUGCACGAUGUUUCAAAAUACUUGAGCUCAAACAAAUUAUGAAAGCAUGCAUAAUUCUCCAUAACAUGAUUCUUGAAGAUGAACGAGAUGAACAAGACACUUUGGACUUCGAUUAUGAACAACUCAAUGCAAAUCCUCCUGAACCACUGUCACACAAUGAAACAGAUAUGCUUUCGAAGUUUAUUUGUAUUCGUCAACAGUUUGUACUGGAUUUGCAUGCUUAUCCUUUUCCAUACAUUGUGUUUGUUUUUAUGCGUGAAAAGGCUAGGAAGUAUGCAAUAGUUAAAGAGCUUGAUGAGCAUGUGAGUCUAAAGGAUGGAACUGUUGUCCUCCAAUUUGAGACCCAGCUCCAGGAAGGGCUUGAAUGUGGUGGUGCAUAUCUCAAAUAUCUUCGACCAUAG